AGAAACAUCUUAGUUCUGUUCAUAUUUAGUCACCAGUCUGAUUACUCGAGUCCUUCUUUCGUGCUUUCGUCACUUUCCCCCGUUGCAUAUCAUUAACAUCAUCUUGUACAAUCAUCCUGUCACCAAAGUGUAUCUUAGCUUUCUUUCCGAAUUCAUUGUGGCGCCUACGCGUUCAUCAUUUCAGUAACCUCAGGAUUCGUAGACAUAAGUCACAUAACCCCUUGCGUAUCACUGAUAAUUCUUGCACUAAUAGGUGUUUUUAGAGCAAACUACAGUGUGCAAAUUCAGUAUCAUGGCCUCUAGCAACCCAGUCUCGCUCAAUCUCCUUCGAUCUUAUUACCCCGUCGUGGAGACUCUACAAUGUUACCUGGCAAAUAUUCUGGAGAAGGGCUCCUGCGACACACAGUACCUGACGCAUGAGACGGAUACAAUGCUGUACCGUACUUUACUUAAGGAAUCAUAUGUGGCCAAUCGAUAUACGUUGCCGGAAACGCGUUUCAAGCCGUUGAAGCCUAUGGUUCCACUUAAAGAAGUUAUUGAGCGCGCUCAGGUGAAGUUGCUCUCUAAGGGCAGGGGAUCGGGCGAGAAUGUGAUAACUGCUGGCUACCGUCUGAAUUAUAAGCGGCAGCCAGCAUUCCAAGCUAGUGUGACGAAUUAUUUCUUGAACACCAUCGUGACAGCAUUGCACGCUGUGCAAUGGAAUGACCUGUUUCAGAGGAUCGGAGAGGAUGCUAUGUUACAUCUGCUUACCGAGACUUCCGUCUUUAUUCCUCUUCCUAACUCUUGCUUCUGCCAAAUGACGGGGAGUCCCAUCGUCCAUUCUAAGCCUACUUCAGACCGCCUUAUUAUAUCCAGUAAUCCUCGUGACGUUACCGGUAAACGGGAGGCGGAAGCGGCUCCUGCGGAGGAGGGGCCGCCCAAACGACAGAGAAGAAAAAUUACAGACAUUGGACAACGGAGGAAUUCACUGAAACCAUACUCUACGUCAGACAGGAGGUCUCCAGCGGACAUCGCUCUUAUUCGAGCACGCAUGUUUUAUUUCCGCCCGUAUUUCGUCGGUCGUACCAACCUCGUGGUCGUUGGCUUCCCACCAAAGCAUGUUCUGAACCGCCUGAAUCCUUCUAUUCAUAAAAAGAGAGAUUCAGGUCAAGUGUGGGUUGAACCGGACCCUCGCAAGCAAAUGGAAAAUGCGCGACAUCUCGCAAAAUACGUGUUCCCCACGCAAUACGAACUUCCUAAUCCGUUCACAGUGGAUAGAACAUGUUUUCAAGGCCAUCGUCUUCCUAAUUACUUCGACCGAGAAGACCAGAUAAAGGCAAAAGGAUCCUGUAAAACCCCAAAGCGACUGAAGCCCGUUCUUCCUAUUCUCGAGAAAUUGAUCUGGCGACAUGGAAAAUGUGGCUACAAACCGCUGCUGAACAAAAUCUGUCCAUCCAAACUCAAAACAAAUCGUGAACAACCAUUGGACAGUAGCAUUAUAUUGGAAAUGAUGUCAGAGAAUUCGAUCAUUAUCAAUUCACAGCAACCCGUUUCUUCAGGAAAUCUUUCGAUAGACUCCCAUGGGAACACCAUCUUACCAGAAGGCCUCACCCAGGCUCGCAACGAAGUCAAGAAUAAGCCUCGCUUUGCGGAGUUCGCUUGCAGUUAUGUGGAGGUCUUUUGCUUUCUUAUGGUCAUCACUAAAUCUAUUGUUCCUCAAGAGCUUUGGGGAUGUCAAAGGAACUUUAAGCUUGUCGCUAAACACGUGAAAACUUUGAUUAGCGCAAGACGCUACGAGACAUUGACUCUGCAUAAUAUUCUUCAAGGAUUCAGUACGUCUGAGUGCGAUUGGCUUAUUCCAGGCGGUCGAUCUGCUCAGCAGAGUCGUGUUUCCCUAUCGGAUAGUCAGAAACGAUUAGAACUCUUGUCAGAGUUUCUGUUCUGGUACUUCGAUUCGUUUCUGAUCCCCUUGAUUCGCACAACGUUCUAUGUCACAGAAUCAUCAGCAUUUCGUAACAAAGUCUUGUACUUUCGUCAAGAUGAUUGGACUACUCUCUGUGCGCCCCUUAUUGAGAGACUCAGUUCGAACACAUUCGAGAAGCUCGAUCCGUUGGAUGCGCAGGAACUUCUCAGGCAACGGAGGUUAGGUUUUUCCUUUGUCCGUCUCCUCCCAAAGGAAACUGGCGUACGACCUAUUGUGAAUCUCAGGAGAAAGAAGCAAGUUAAUACGGGUCUUUUGCCUGGAAAACCCGCACAAUCUAUUAAUCAGAUCUUGCAAGCUGCAUUCCAGAUCCUGAAUUACGAGAAGGAGAAUCAACGGUCCUUGCUCGGGGCGUCAGUAUUUGGACCCAAUGAGGUGUAUACCAGACUGAAAGCUUUCAAAUCCCACUUGUUGUCUCAAACAACCUCUGGCAUCCUACCUAGACUAUACUUCGUCAAGGUCGAUGUCCAAGCCUGCUUUGACACAAUUGAGCAGACUAAGCUAUUGAGCAUCCUUCGUGAUCUCAUCUCGGAGGAGUCGUAUGUGCUUCAGCGGCAUGGUCAAGUGUCUCCAGUUGCUGGCAAGAUUCGACGUGCAUAUGUCAAGAAAGCCAUGUCGGAUGAUGAUCAUCCGCAUUUCCUCAGCCUUGCAACUAAACUAGCUGGUGCACUGCGCAACACCAUAUUCGUAGAUCAAGUCGUCUAUCCUUACGCUCAGAAGCAAGAAGUUCUGGAAUUACUCGAAGAACACAUUACCGAGAACCUCGUGAAGAUUGGAGAGGACUAUUAUCGUCAAACAGUUGGCAUACCCCAAGGAUCUGUCUUGUCCGCCUUACUCUGUUCCUUCUUCUAUGGACAUCUUGAGCAGGACCGCCUGAGGGUCACUGAUGAUUCAAACAGCGUCCUACUGAGACUUAUUGACGAUUACUUGUUUGUCACAACGAGUUCGGGAAGGGCUAGAAAGUUUUUGCGAACGAUGCAGGAAGGUCAUCCUGAAUAUGGUUGCUUCAUAGCUCGUGACAAGACAUUGACAAAUUUCGAGACGGAUGAUCCCACCACCUUCAUUGGGCCAGAGCAGAAAUCAUUUCCCUGGUGUGGAUACCUGAUCAAUAUGUUCGACCUUUCCGUGACGGUUGAUUACGGCCGGUUUCACAGCGAUUAUCUUCAAGAUUCUCUGACGGUUGAAAGUGGCCGUCACGCAGGGACGACGUUCGUUCAGAAGAUGAUGCAAUUGGCAAAAUCCAAGAGUCACAUUAUAUACAAUGAUUCAGUGCUGAACGCCAAGCCUGUUGUUCUGAAGAACAUAUAUCAGAACUUCAUGCUCUGCGCGAUGAAGAUGCACUACUACCUACAGAAUUGGGGAUUGGAUGUACUGAAGAGUCCCGCUUUCAUCCUGAAGACAAUCCGACAGGUGAUCCGAUAUACCUACGCCACCAUCCGAAACAAGGCAAAGAACGUAGUCGCAAAGGCUUCCAAUGCACGCUUUGAAGUGCCGAAAGGCCAUGUGUUCUGGUUAGGCACACAUGCCGUUCAUACCGUGUUGUCACAGAAAGCCCACCUUUACCCGCAAGUUUUGAAUUCUCUGCAAUUUGAAUUGAACCUUGCGCACAACAGGAGGCUUCGACCGGGGCUGCGUAAAGUGGUAAAGGAAAGCAGGCAAUUGAUGGCUGUCCUCUCAUUCUAAUUCUAAUUUUAUCUCCAAGUUGCAGGGCAUGUAUAGUAGCCGGUAACCCCCAUCAGUUUCUUUCCGAUGUCAUCCUCCUUUUCGCCGUUUGGUCGGAUCCCGGCAGCUCUCGAGGCUGAACAUUCGGCUGUAAGGUGGAUAAAAGCCUGGUUAGACACCAACCCAUGACUUCCGGGUCGUUGGUAGUGCGGCUCGGGUCGAAUUUGUAGGGUGCUACGCGUGGCCCAAGCCCCAGAAAACGCUAGUGUGGAGGUAAGAGAAUACUUUCUAGAAAGAGGAUGAUAUUCGGUCGGUAUACGACCGAGGUACGACAGCUGUCUGCACCACUGAGGCCAUCAUCGAGAGUCUCGUGUUGUCCUUGGACGAACGUUCGAAUUGAAGAACUGAUAUGCAGACCUACGAGCCAAGAUGAACCUCGGACCUCUGACUUUUGGAAAUUGGACGACUUAGCUGCGUUCAGCAUAGAAGUCGCAGACGGAGGUGCAUAACUGAUACUAAGUGAGCAUGCGUCACCUCAUCCUCGUUGACGAGUAUAAGUACACGAACCCUUGAAGUGUAUGAUCGAUUCCGUAGUAGUCCUAAAUGUCGAGCACACAUGUACGAAGUAGUGUGUUGCUCGCGGGAAGACCAAAACUUAGACAUAUCCGGAUAUUCGACAUUGAGGAUCCGCCGGGGUCCUAAGAGCAUGUAUAGUAGUCGGAGACCUAUAAUUUAGAGCUUUCUUUCGGACAUCAUACUUCUUUUCGCCGUUUGUGCUCUCCCGAUAUUUGAUGUC